CUCUGAAAAUCAGACAUCUUUUUUCUAUUGCAAAGAAAGCACGCAUCACCAUACACUGUGUGCGUUUCGUUUUGCGAAUUGCUUUUUUUUCUGUGUGUAUGUGGAAAAAUUACAUUUCCACUUGGAUUGUUAUAGAAAAUUUCGAGGAAAUGUGAACAGUGCAAAUGAAAAACGGUGGAUCGAUUUGGAAUUGUUGACUUUCGAGUGUCGAUGGUGUUUUUUACAUUGUGGUAUAUUCAGAUGCAAUCACAGACGCGAUAGAUGUGACAACGCCCUUCAUAAAACCAAUCUCAACUAAAUCGAUUUGCAUGAAUCUCAUAACUCAAUAACAAUUACCACGAAGAGUCAAUGGAACGAAGAAAGAGGGAAUAAAAUGAAUUUGUGUGAAGAAUGUGAAUGAAAUUUUAUCACGCAAAAAAAAAGAAAUACCACAAAUUCCAUGACAAAAAUUAUUUAAUUAAAAUGGAGAUUUAACGAAUAAAAAAUUAAAAUGAUUCAUAAAAAAUUCUAAAGAAAAAAACUUCAACGCAAAAUACAUUGGUUUGGGGGUAUUCAACGAUUGUUACGUAAGAGUGAAGAAAGCUUUGAAUAGCUUGUUACUUUCACAGAUCUCUUGGAGAGGGUGUGAUAAUGAAAACGUCACGCAUUUUAUUCGUUUUCGUAUCGAUUAUUGCAACAACGACCUUGGCAUGGCGGUCAAAAACAUCAUCGGAAUCGUCAGGCAUCCAAAUUGGAGAGCGUGGUCCGAAGCGAAUCGGUGGCGACAAAGAACGUCACAAAUUGGAACACCACGCGAAAAAAGAGGAAAAUACACCGCAACAUUUUAAUAUUGGUUUGAUUGUUCCGCACACGAAUUUCGGUAAACGUGAAUACCAGCGGGCCAUUUCAUCCGCAGUUUCGACGUUACAAAAAAUGCGCGACACAAAAUUGCCAUUUCUGCGUGAGGUUGAUUUUACUGCAAAAAAUGUUCAUUUCGACAUGAUUUUGCUGACACCAUCGCCGACAACUAUUUUGGACACAAUGUGCAAAGAUUUUUUGCAGGCAAAUGUUUCGGCCAUUAUUUAUUUGGUGAAUUAUGAAACAUUUGGACGAAGCACUGCGUCAGCACAAUACUUUCUCCAAUUGGCCAGUUAUCUGGGGAUUCCGGUGAUUUCAUGGCAUGCGGACAACUCAGGUUUAGAACGAACAGCGUCACAGUCACGGUUACAGAUUCAGUUAGCACCAAGCAUUGAGCACCAAAGUGCUGCAAUGCUCAGUAUACUGGAACGGUAUAAGUGGCAUCAAUUUUCGAUUGUAACGUCACAAAUAGCGGGUCAUGAUGAUUUUGUACAGGCCGUUCGCGAGCGAGUGAGUGUAAUGCAGGAACAUUUCAAGUUUAAUAUUUUAAACUCGAUUAUUGUGACGAGAGCCAGUGAUCUAAUGGAAUUAGUCAACAGUGAGUCACGCAUUAUGCUAUUGUAUUGCACAAAAGGUGAGGCUGUCGACAUUUUACAAUGGGCCGAUGAGCUAAAAAUCACCGGCGAAAAGUAUGUGUGGGUCGUGACACAGAGUGUUAUUGAGAAUACCCAGGCUCCACCGCAAUUUCCGGUUGGAAUGUUAGGUGUUCACUUUGACACAUCGAGUCAGUCGGUGAUUAAUGAAAUCUCGACCGCCUUGAAGGUGUACGCACUCGGCAUUCAAAGCUAUCUGAAUGAUCCGGCAAAUGCUGGACGCAAACUGAACACCCAAUUUCUGAGCUGUGAAGUUGAAGGCAAAUCAAGAUGGGAAAAUGGCGAAAUUUUCUACCGUCAUUUGCGCAAUGUCUCGCUGGAGAGUGAGAUCAACAAACCACAUAUUGAGUUCACUGCCGACGGAGACCUUAAAAAUACCGAACUGAAAAUUAUGAACCUGCGUCCGAGUGGCAACAGCAAGAGCUUGAUGUGGGAAGAGAUUGGCACAUGGAAAUCGUGGGAACAACAAAAAUUGGAUAUACGUGACAUUGUGUGGCCUGGAAAUUCACAUGCCCCACCACAAGGUGUCCCGGAAAAGUUCCACUUGAAAAUAUCGUUUUUAGAAGAGCCGCCCUACAUCAGUUUGUCUCCACCCGAUCCCGUCAGUGGGAAAUGUUUAAUGGAACGAGGUGUGCUCUGUCGAGUGGCUGCCGAAAAUGAAAUUGCAGACAUCGAUAUUGGGCAAGCUCAUCGCAAUGGUAGUUUUUACCAAUGCUGCUCUGGAUUCUGUAUUGAUUUGCUUGAAAAAUUCGCCGAACCACUAGGUUUCACAUAUGAAUUGGUGCGGGUUGAGGAUGGUAAAUGGGGAACGUUGGAAAAUGGAAAAUGGAAUGGACUGAUUGCCGAUUUGGUUAAUAGAAGGGUUGAUAUGGUGCUAACAUCAUUAAUGAUUAAUGCAGAACGGGAGGCUGUCGUUGACUUUAGCGAACCGUUUAUGGAAACUGGAAUCGCUAUCGUUGUAAACAAGCGAACUGGUAUUAUUUCCCCGACGGCGUUCUUAGAACCGUUCGAUACAUCGAGUUGGAUGUUGGUGGGCAUUGUAGCAAUCCAAGCGGCCACAUUUAUGAUAUUCCUGUUUGAAUGGCUGUCUCCUAGCGGUUUCGAUAUGAAAUUAUCAGUGCAAACAAAUGUACCACAUCGAUUUUCAUUGUUCCGGACGUACUGGUUAGUGUGGGCGGUUUUGUUUCAAGCGGCUGUUCACGUUGAUUCGCCAAGAGGGUUUACAGCGCGAUUCAUGACGAAUGUAUGGGCGAUGUUUGCUGUGGUAUUUUUGGCUAUUUACACUGCCAACCUCGCAGCGUUCAUGAUAACUCGUGAAGAAUUCCAUGAAUUUACUGGAUUAGACGAUUCACGAUUAAUGCGACCGUACUCACACAAACCAUCAUACAAAUUUGGAACAACCACAUUCAGUCACACGGAUUCAACUAUCGGAAAAUACUUCAAAGAAAUGCAUAACUAUAUGUCACAAUACAACAAAACUACUGUGAACGAUGGCAUUGCGGCUGUGUUGAAUGGAGGUCUCGAUGCAUUUAUUUACGAUGGAACUGUUUUGGACUAUCUCGUUUCACAGGAUGAGGACUGUCGAUUGCUCGUUGUUGGCAGCUGGUAUGCAAUGACAGGUUACGGUUUGGCAUUUGGCAGAAAUUCAAAGUAUGUGAACAUGUUCAAUCGUCAGCUGCUUGAAAUGAGAUCGAACGGAGAUCUUGAAAGAUUAAGGCGCUACUGGAUGACUGGAUCGUGUCGUCCGGGGAAACAGGAGCACAAAUCUUCCGAUCCUUUAGCUUUAGAACAGUUUUUAUCUGCAUUUUUACUAUUGAUGGCUGGCAUUUUGUUGGCUGCAUUACUUUUGUUAUUGGAACAUCUUUAUUUCAAGUAUUUCCGGACGCGUUUGGCCAAAUCAGAUCGUGGCGGAUGUUGUGCUCUUAUCUCUCUCUCAAUGGGAAACUCAUUGACAUUCAGAGGUGCUGUGUAUGAGGCGCAAGAAAUGCUGCGAAACCAUCGGUGCUCUGAUCCCAUUUGCGAUACGCACCUGUGGAAGGUGCGCCAUGAACUGGACAUGACCAAACUACGAGUGCGACAACUUGAAAAGGCAAUGGACUCGCACGGUAUUAAACCACCUCAUCUAAGACUUUCGUCCGCGUCUGAUUUACUGAAUCAUCAUUACAAGGAGCGGCCACCGUUGUUGGGUAACUUGAGCCUUGGCGGAAGUGCACAGGAUUUAUAUAGAUGGUCACUCAAGACAGAGAUUGCCGAGAUCGAAACAGUGUUGUAAAAUGCUGCUCAGCUCGAACGGAAUCAAAUGACGGAAAAUCAAAUUAAACAGAACCUCAGUAUCAAUAUUUGUGAUCUUGCUUGCUUUGAAAAUCGACGCUUUUUCCUACACACAAAUCGAAACCAGGAUUUCGUGAACCUCAAUACAAAAACAAACUGGAUUUCAAUUCUGUCCUUAAAACGUGUGGGCCACUCGAAAAUAGCUUUCGACUCGGCAUACGAGAACCAUCGUGUUCUCAAACUCAUUGUUCACACUACAUUUUUCUCCUUUCUUCCAUUUAUUCAGGUCAUUUUGAAUUAGUUUCAAGUGCAUGAGGGAAAACUGUUUUUCGUUUUGAAUGCCUCAUGGGAAUCAAACAAAAUUCGGGGUUAUCUGAAUGCAAAAGGUGUUUUCAUGGGAAUGCCUUAAGUAAAAGUUGAGGCAAACGAAAACAUUCAUCUAGAACAAACAUGAAAACAAAUGCAAGAGCAAAAAACGAAUCAAACCAUAGAAAUCAUUUUGCAUCACAUUUAGGUAGUAUAAUUAGGUGAAAAAAAGAAAAACCAAUUUGUUACCAAAUAACAGUCCAUAUUCUAACACGAAAUGAUACGUGCACUUUGUGACACAGUCAAGAGUUAGAGUUGUCAUUUAAGGAGUUCGGCCAUAAACACGGUCAGAGUGGGUUGUGUUCAGUUUUUCUCAUUUUCAAACAAAAUGACAAACUGAUUUGUAGAUUUAAAAGUAAGAGAAAAAAUUCGGGUCAUUUGAAGCAGGCAAACAAGUUAUUUGAGUUUUGUCCUAAAUCACAUCAGUUUCUACCACCGAACCAAAAAGCAAACAUAGUGGCUCAGUUGAAACAAUUCAUACGCUUAAAAAAGGAUUUUCAAUCAGUUUUUGUACAGAUAUCAAAACAGAACAAAACCAAAAGAAAAAUGGUAAAUGACGAUGCAGGUCAGAUUCAAAAAACCGAAUUUUACUAAAUUAUCGAAGAAAAUUCGCCAAGAAAAAAUUAACAUGAAAUAGGUGUUGAUGACUAAUUUGAUAGAAUCAAAAAGUAUUAGUGAAUGCACCUAAUCAUCGUCACACGAGUGCGAUUCUAGCGCCAAAAUGAGAAAAGAAUAAUAUCAUUUGGAUGUUAUCGUUUUCCAUAUUGACGGCUGUAUUCCUCUUGUGUAAAAGUGAUUGGGUAUCUAUCUAAUCAGUAGAAACACACAUCCAAACACAACAAAUAUAUGGUUACAAAAAAAUGAAGCAUAUUUUUAAGGGUAUGGCUGUAGUUCACCGCCCAAUGUGUCAUACGCAGAAAAGUAAGCACCUGAUUGUUGAUGAACAUAAUUGUCAUGAUAUAUUUAAUGUGAAUUGUAGUAGAGCAAAAGUCACUUAACGCGAUAUUUAUUGAAUGUUAAACGUUACACAAUUUAUUUUGAUUAUAAGCAUUUUUCGUUCAGUUUUAAAUCUACUAUGUAUUAGGUUCAAAAUUUUGCAUUUUGUGCACAAAAUCAUCAAGUUGUUAGUUUUGUUGUAAUGAAAAGAAUAAGAGGGGAAAAAAUCAAGAGAAGUAAAUAAGUAGCCGGUUCAUUUAUCUAUCGAAUAGACAAUAAAUAAAUGCACGAAUGUUAACAAAAAUCAACUGUGCCAAAACAACUAAAAUCAAUACUUAAAACAAAGGAUGAUCAAUCCUUACGAAAUAAAACGAAAAAGAAGAAAGAAAAACAUUGAAACCCUUUUCCCUCUAGGUUAGAUUACUCAAAAGUGCACUAAAUGGAAUGAAUGUGUUUGUAGUAUGUUCAGUGUGUCAUUUUCAAAGAGAAAGGAAUCAAUUACACUUUGCAUAGCAGAUGCAUCAUCCUAAAUUGUAGUUACAUUUACAAACGGCCGCAAGCAUUCAUUGUCAGUUGUUCACAUUUAAUAGGAUUUUCUCGCUUCUCCACUUUCUUUUCAAAUUACUUCCUCAAAUGGGUUGCAUUUUUUGCGACUUUUUCCUCCCUUUGUUACAAUUUUUGGGGAAACAGGUUCAAAAUGGUGAGAAUGUUGUUUUUUGUUGGAAAUUUCAUUAGAAAUGUUUUUUAAGAUUCAAUUAAAAUACAUCAAGUAAAACGAGAUUUUAAAUGCCCAUACAUACACAAACAAACAAAAUGUUGAUAUUUUAAUGAUGAAUGGUGAACAUAAACGUAUAAAUGUAUUUUAAUGUCAACGAUGAGUGUAAUCCAAAGUAACAGCCAGCCGAAAAAUUAGACACACACACAAAAAUGUGUGAAUUAAAUAAAUUGGUGCUCGGUAUCACCAAAAAUUGAAUUAUACAAAACAAAUAGAAAAAAACCGACAGUAAAAAAUCAAAA